AUGGCUGCAGCCUCACAAACUAUCAAGCAACAGAUCUGGGAAGGCUGCCUGCCACUACAGAUAAAUCUGUCAAAGUCGGAAUGCAGAGUGUUCGACAAGGCCGAUCCUUAUUUUAUAUCAUUUCCUCGUCUUUCAUACCUACCAUUUCUAUUACCCAGGCUACUCGACUUCUUCAAACCCUACCUUAUUGGCUCUGAUCCCGUAUACCCAUAUCAAGGCUGGUUCUCAUUUGAAGGGCUUCCGCUGAAAUGGCAUUACCCCGUUGGCUUGCUAUACGAUCUAUACGCCAGCACAGAGCCAGCACCAGAGCAAGGUGAUGAUAAGGAUAGAAGGUAUCCAUGUCGGGAAACCCUUCCUUGGAAACUAACGUUACAUUUUCAAGACUGGCCUGAUCAGGAACUUGUUGGUCUUGACGAGCAGGGGAGGGUUAUGCAUGACUUCUUUAUGAAUAGUGUCAAGGAGGCGGAUUUUGUUCGCAACGGUACAGGGAAGAGCAUUAUGACACUUUCAAGAGAAGACUCAAAUAACCUUUGGACGUCCAUACAAGAACGGUCCGAGAAGCCAUCUAUUAAGGUCGUUCAAUCCCAAUUUCCACCAAAAAUCUCUACAGUGUCGGCGGGAACUGAGAAGCAAAUUCAAACGAUUGGAACCGCUCUUCAUUCUGUAGUUCCUAGCUUGUUCCCAGACGAUAAGGAUACAAAUAUGGCUACACCAAUAUUACAUGGAGCCGCAGUACCAAUGAGUGCACCGCUGGAAGAAAUGGCACGGUGUGCAGCAUAUGCUGAUGGAUGGCUAAAUAUUGUAGUCUGGAUGCAUGGAUGA